AUGGAGACGAAGAAUAACCAAAAGGUUACUCCCAAUGGGCUCCAUCCAUUUUCUUCAUCUGGAAUUUUUAGCUCUUUGUUUGCUUAUCAAUCACCUAUGGUGUUAGGGAGAGAAUCAGUACGUGGCAAAGGCAAAGGCAAAACUGUCAAUAACAGAUUGGAGUACAUCAAUAGAUCUCAAGAUGACAUUUCAAAGAUCCAUGAAAAUCAAUCUCAUACCAACAAAGUUAAGGUUACUAGUUCCAUCUUCCAAGAUCAGAUAAUUGGACCAUGUAACCUCAGUUCAUCCAUAUAUUAUGGUGGCCAAGACAUACUUUAUCCUGCUCAGAAUGCACGAUUAACCUCAUUGAAAAAGUAUGAUUGGGAAAACGAUGAUUCAGGAGUUGCUUCAAGAGGAGAUUGGUGGAAAGACAUUUCACAGAAUCUAGGUGAUGCUUGA